UGCAAGAUUCCGAAAGUUGGCGCGCUUUUUGCAGGUAUUUCCCGCUCUCAGCUGUAGGCAACACACAAGCUAAAAUUUUGGCGGCACGGCGGUGUGUGAUAGAUUUUGGAGCAAAAAUCGACGGAUUUUGGUGUUAGAUUAGACCUCAAACAUCCCUGAUCAGGAUGGCUAGCAAGGGCCAGACUACGAUUUCUUUCCAGUGCCGAAAGACGAGAUCACAGACGAAGAAGGUAGUUGUCGAGGAGAAACCUUCUCGGACCAGUCGGCGGACUCGGCGUGGCGGGACGACACAGGAGAAACCUCGGGAGGACCCCGCACCCAAGACCGCCCGCCCUCCCCUCUCUCCCAGGAAGCGUCCUUCUGACAACACACCUAGGGACAACUCGCCCGCAAACGCCUCAAAAUGCUGUCCCAGUCCGACCAAGCGCAAGAAGGAAAACCAACCAGAGCGAGCCGUGUCAUCCAAACCUCUCCCAUCUACCCCAACAAAGACCCUACCCCGCCCGAACCUACCCCCCUCCCCAUCUCCACUAAAGAUGACCUUGUUGAAAACAGAAUCGCUCUGUCCAAUCAACCGGUCAGGAGUCAAGAAGAGACUAGCGUCACCGGAGAGACGUCACCAGUCGCCUACGUCUCCAUGGAGACCGUCACUAAGGACACCAUCGCCACGGAAACAAGCCACACCCUUGAGGUUACAAAGACAAGAUGCCACCCCCUACCAGAGUGCUAAGAAGGCCCUCCACACGGCCGUUCCCGACUAUCUGCUCUGUCGUGAGAAGGAGACCAAAGUUAUAACAGAUUUUCUGGAGGAGCAUGCUACGAAACAACAGCCUGGGAGCCUCUACAUCUCCGGUGCCCCCGGUACUGGGAAGACAGCCUGUCUUACACACAUCAUGAGGAAUAUGAAGGAAAGUCUCCAGUCCACGAAGAUGAUCUUUGUGAACUGCAUGGCCGUGAAGAAUGCCCAGGGAAUCUUCAGUAAAGUCGCCAGUGAACUUAGCCCUUCCUCAACAACUCCUCGCACUGCUAAGGAUGCCUCGAGACUCCUCGAGAAGCAGUUUAAAUCCAAGGGACCCAUGAUAAUCCUUGUACUGGAUGAGUUGGACUCCCUGGACAGUAAGAACCAGGAGGUUUUGUACACCAUGUUUGAAUGGCCGACCCUGCCCAAGUCUAGACUCAUCUUGAUCGGUAUAGCCAAUGCCCUGGACCUGACAGACCGUAUCCUCCCCAGACUGCAGUCCAGACCCAAGUGUCGACCUCAGCUCUUGAACUUUGAACCCUACUCUAAGGACCAGCUAGUCACAAUUGUACAGGACAGGCUACACAAGGCCUCAUCAGAGGGAACGCCAGUGUUGGAACCGAUGGCGGUUCAGUUUUGCGCCCGGAAAGUGUCAGCUGUGGCGGGGGACGUGCGGAAGGCGCUGGACAUCUGCAGACGAGCAGUUGAAAUGGUGGAGUCGGAUGUCAGAAGCCAGGCAGUCUUCAAGCCCAUGUCUCCCAUGAAAGGUUCUCCUGCGAAAAGUCCAAGAAAAUCACCGAAGACCCCCGUUCCGAAGAAAGUCGGAUUGUCCCAUAUUGCGAGCGUGGUGUCGGAAGUGUACAGUUCCCGGAUGGUGGCGUCCAACACGAACCAACAACAAACCUUCCCGCUGCAACAGAAACUGGUGGUCUGUACCCUGCUGCUCAUGCUCAAGUCUGGCAAAACAAAGGAGAUCACUCUUGGGAAGUUACAUGAGGUCUACAGUCGUGUAUGCAAAAAGCGCCAGGUCGCCAAUGUAGACCAGUCGGAGUUUCUGUCGCUCUGUACGCUCAUCGAGACCAGAGGAAUCCUCGCGCUCAAGAAGUCAAAGGAGGCCAGAAUGACCAAGCUGUCUCUGAGAAUGGAGGAAUCAGAGCUGGAGUUUGCCCUACAAGACAAGGUGCUUAUGUCAUCUAUACUGAAGGAAGGCAUCCCAGCGUGAUGAAACAUCUACAUGUACCAGUAUAAAAUCCCUACAUGAAAUAAAUCAUGGGUGUACUAGCCAUUUCUUUCUCGGGUGGUAUCAGCUAUAUAGGCUAGUAUGAUGCAUUAUGUGUAAUACUUGCCAUUCUUACGCGUUUGAAACUGUGAACCAUUUUGAGCAAUACAAGAAGUAACAAAACAAUUCCAUACCAUUCAAUAGGAAAAUUUUAAACACAAAUGUUUCACACUGAUGUUUCUUUAAGCAAUGCUCAACUUGUUCUUUUUCUAAGCCAUCUUACAAAAAUCUCAAUGACUUGUAUACAAUGUAUUGACAUUUGUAAGUGCAAUAAGGAACAAGGACAACUUGUUAGAAUUUUUAUAUGGUACUAGGCUUGUUUCUCUGAGCAGUAUUUUUGUGCACAUUUUGAGUUAUCUAGGAAUUGGAGCUGCUUUUUAUGUUAUUGUUCAAGUGCAGUACAAGUACCGUUGACUUAAAAACAAUUUUGGACUGAACUGUUUGAAUUGAAUUGAAUUCCUUGAAUUGAAUGUUGUCCUAAAUUUACUAUGUGUCAAUGUAAUUGAUGUAAACUGUGUUACAUGUAACACUGCCAGUGUAUUCUUGUAAUGUGACUUGUGUGUAUAGUUGUUUUGUAUUAAUUGUAAGAAUGUGUAUAGGGCAACAUAAAAAUGUCUGCCGUUGCUCUCCAUGAAUAAAUUGUAAAGAAUUA